AUGAAAAGUUUUGAAAAUUUGUUGUUCGUGGUUUUUGUGGUUGGGAGUAUUUCUGCCAUGCCACAGAUUGGUACCAGAAAUGACGCCAACACGGACUCGGAGUUACAGCAACUUAAAGGAAGAAUAGAGAAUCUGUAUAGCGUCGUCAGUCAACUGGAAAUGAAGGUACUGAGUGUCGGGACAACUCAGCCAGUGACUUGCCCGAAAGGAUAUACAGAAUUUCAGGGAUCUUGCUACAUGUUUGUGAAUACUUUGAUGAACUGGGCUGAUGCGCAGAGAAAUUGCCAAGCGUCCAACGGCAACCUUGUGAGCAUCCAAAGUGCUGCCGAGCAGGAUUUUCUCACCAGCUACGCCCUUGCAAAUAGUGCACAAUUUCCGGGAAAUGGAUUCUGGACGGGUGGAUUUGACCAAGGCGCAAAAGGGUUGUUCAAAUGGGUGGCGAACAACAAACUCUACCAGACUGACGGAGAUUUCCUUGGAUGGGAUUACUUCGAUGGUGGUCAUGCACAAGGAGGUCAAGACUGCAUGGCUUUGUGGAAAUCGCGUGGAUACCUGUGGCACGACUAUGAAUGCCACGGGAAGGUGCACUCCAUCUGUGAAAUAAAUGAACUGUGA